UCUUCUCCUUGUCUUGCAUUCUCACCCGUCGACAUCACCACCUGAACAUUUCUAGUCAGAGAGCUGAAAUAUGGGAAUCAAACCCGGUAUCACGCUAUAUACCGAGGGCACUCCCAAUGGCCUGAAACCCACCAUUCUGCUGGCUGAGCUAGGUCUGGAAUACAAGCUUCACCCAAUCAACAUCCCCAAGCACGAGCAAAAAGAGCCAUGGUUUCUCGAGAUCAACCCCAAUGGUCGGAUCCCUGCCCUAGUCGACGAGGACGAGAAUGGCAACAAGAUUACGCUUUUCGAGAGCGGCAGCAUGUUGCUGUAUCUUGUGGCCCGGUACGACAAAGACCACAGGGUCUCAUACCCCUAUGACUCUCCCGAGUACUGGGAGACUGUCAACUGGCUGAUGUGGCAGAUGGGAGGCGUGGGCCCGAUGCAAGGCCAAGCCAACCACUUCGCGAGAAUGGCACCCGAGAAGCACGAGUACGCCAUCGGCCGCUACGUGAACGAAACCCGCCGCUUGUAUCGCGUUCUGGACGGCCACCUGGCCAAAAGUCAAUCCGGCUACGUGGUCGGUGACCGGGUCACGGUGGCGGAUAUCGCUCUGUGGAACUGGGUGGCUGCUUACAAAUAUAGUGGCCUGUCCAGCAUCGACGAGUUUCCGCAUGUUCAGAAAUGGCUCUUCGAACUGUUGAAGCGGCCCGGCUUUGAGGAGGGGCGGAAUGCCCCCGGGCCGCACAUUUAUCUGGAGCUCAAUAAGCUGUCGGACGAGGAGUUGAAUGCAAAGGGCCGCGCUGCUGGGGCUUGGAUUCAGGAGGGCAUGAAGCGGGACGCGGAGGUCUGAUUGUGGACUUGGUUCAGGCUGAUUUGGACUCUUUGGGCUUGGGCUUGGGCAUCGUAUGAGUGCGGACCCAGAACAUUCUUCUUAUCAUGAGAGGCCAUGUAUCCGUCGUGUAUGUGCGAGAUGUCCUUUCAGGGCUGCUCUUCCAUCAUCCUUCAUCUCUCGUGGUUUCUUUCCACGUUGGGAAGGACAGUGAUCUAUUGAGACUUGACCUUGUUAGUUGUUCUAGUUGAAAUAAGG